AAGACUCUCUUUUCCUCCCCAACCAAUUUUCUCUCACAAUAUUGUACAAACCAAAAAAAAAAACAAAUUCCCUAACGCAAAGUAUAACAAACUCUCUCUCUCUCUGUACCUUCCAAAUUCCAAGGCUAGUGUUAUAAUCUCUGAGGUUGUUCUUAUCAUUUUUGUGUAGUGCAGCUAGUUUUAUCAAUUGGGUUGUCCUUCAUUUUUGUUAUUAGAUUAAGAAUUUUGGUUAAAAAAAAAAAAAAUCUGGGUUUGAGUCGAAAUAAGGUUUGUUUUUUUGCAAUUUGGGGAUUGAGUUUUCGACCCGUGAAUUCAAGUCUUUGGGUUCAGAGUUUUAUUUUAUGGAAUUUGUAUGCCAAAAGGGUACUGAGGAUUCUAAAAAGUUGGUAUCUUGUGUAGAAAAUUCUUGUGUAGAACACAUUGAACCUAAUCAAUUCAAUUCCAAACUCAAAGGCAAAGAAACUGCAUUGUCAAAUCUCACAUUUGAUUCCAAACCCGAAAACGAGAGGAUUGUGAAACCAAAACCCGUGUCGAAAUUUCAGUCUAAGAAGGCAAUUGUAAGCUCUAACAAGUCAAAACAGCCAUUGUCUGAUGAUGAUGUUUUGCCCAAUUUUCGUCGGUCAAUCACUGACCUUCCUCCGGCAUUAAUAUCUGAAAUCCUUAACUGCCUUGAUCCGAAAGAGCUUGGUAUUGUUUCGUGUGUCUCAGAAAGUCUUCAUAGGCUUGCCUCCGAGCACCAUGUGUGGAAGGAAUUCUAUUGUGAGAGGUGGGGACUUCCAAUAUCUCCAACACCUUUGGAUUCGGGGUUUUCUGAUGAGAAGUCAUGGAAGGAACUUUAUGUGGAGAGGGAGUUUAGGAGUAACACGUUUAUGGGACGUUAUAGUAUGGAUGUUAUGUAUGGUCAUGCUGAAGCAGUUCGUACUGUUUUCCUUUUGGCUUCUGCAAAGCUUAUUUUCACUUCAGGAUAUGACUCAGUUGUUAGAAUGUGGAACAUGGAAGAAGGGUUGUCGAUUGCAUCCUCACGACCACUUGGUUGUACUAUCCGAGCAGUUGCAGCAGAUACAAAGCUUUUGGUUGCUGGUGGUACCGACGGAUUUAUCCAUGGUUGGAGGGCAGUGGAGGGGCUGCAACACUUGUUUGACCUUAGGGGUUGUCAAAGCCAGAGUACAGAGUUCCGAGUAUGGGAACAUGAGGGACCGAUAACUUCUCUUGCUUUGGAUCUUACAAGGAUGUAUAGUGGUUCUUGGGAUAUGACUGUUCGUGUAUGGGAUCGUUUUUCAAUGAAGUGCUUAACGGUUUUGAGGCAUAGCGAUUGGGUUUGGGGACUUGUUCCUCAUGAUACUACAGUUGCUACCACAUCAGGUUCAGAUGUAUAUAUUUGGGAUUCCAGUAGUGGGACUUUGAUCACCAUUAUUUAUGGUGCUCAUGUUGGUAAUACUUACUCCCUGGCGAGAAGCCAUACUGGAAAUUAUCUUUUCACGGGAGGAGAAGAUGGUGCGAUACACAUGUUCGAGAUUGCAAGACAUUGCACUGGAGCUACUGUUUCUCAAGUUUCUACAUGGAUUCCACACUCGGGUCCUGUGCAUUCCCUUGCAUUUGAGUUUCCAUGGCUUGUUUCAGCUUCUAGUGAUGGAAAGCUGUCACUAAUAGAUGUAAGAAAGCUACUAGGAACUUGCAAAGGCAAGAGCAUUUCAAGGACCAAGCAUGUGGACAAAAAUGGUGUGGAGCCUCCACAGAGGAUGUUACAUGGAUAUGGGAGCAACCUGUUCUCAGUUGACAUUGGUGCUGAUCGGAUAGUGUGUGCAGGGGAGGAAGGUGCUGUUAGGAUCUUUAAUUUCACACAAGCAUUGGAAAUUGAGAAGAGGACUCGUGAUUUAAGACGAAUACGGUUAGAUAAUAGGAUGAGGCGGCGUAAGCUCCAAAUAGAGAUGAACAGUAAAGGUGGUCGGACUGAUCAAUGUUCAGUUGCAGCUAAGAAGAACACAGUUAAUGGUGAUAGGGGUAGUGCUUGGCACAAUAAGCGUGGGGUGAGCAGCAAGCUGAAGGCGUAGCAGCAGAUAACAAGUACUGGUUGAUUUUCGGUUCCAUCAUUCUUUCACACUUUGUGGGCAUUUUAGCGUAAGGAUGGUGUAAAAUUUAUUUUCUAAGCAGGCAAGCUGACUUAUGGCCAAAAAAAAAAAAAAAAAAAGAAGGUAGGUAAGCUGACUAAUUGUGGUUUUAUCGUGCUAUAUUUGAAUUAUAAAUUUGAUGUUCAUUUAAUAUUAGUUGUUACAUACUUUGUUAUGUUCA